UUCAAAAGUGUGCACACCGAGUCGACAUUUUCACGUGUUUUUUGUUGCGCAAUUAUUUCGAUACCAAAUUUUUUGUCGAUCAAUUUCUGGUAUAUAAUUUGAUUAAAGUGUAUUUCAAAUACAAUCGAAGAUGUUACCGAAAAGAUACCUACCGGUAACGCAUGAAUGUGCAGUUUGUGCAAAAUUGGCUGAUUUAAGUUGUGAACGGUGCGGAGAAACAUAUUGCUCAAAAAUGUGUCAAGUCAGCGAUUGGCGAGAACAUCGUCGAAUUUGCAUGCCAAUCCCUCGACUUUUGCACCGAACGGAUAUCAGUAAUGUACAACAAUUACCAAUGAUGAAUCGAAUGUUGAUGGCAUCAAAUGUCAAUGUAAGCGCACACAGUUAUGAUGCAACCGAUGCUUUUGCUAGUGUAUCAGAAAGUUCCGUACAAGGUGAUUGUGGUCAAAUGACAAAGGAGGAAGUGGCAAAGUUGACAAAAAAUCUGAACCAAAUGGAUAUUAAUGGUGCGGCAAAAGUCCAAUCGAAUUUGAUGAAAACGAAAUCAUCAGGUAUUAAUGAGGUUAUGAGCACACCACCCACCACGCCAACCAAAUCCACCACCGGAACGGUCAUCAAAAAUACCGUCAGAACGAUUGAUGAAAACGAAAAUAUCACAACGGUAAAUACGGUGAAACCAGUCGAAACGGCAUCAGUCACACCUAUUGAAACCACACCAAAAGCGGUUAUUGUUCCACCACCGAAAAAGCAAAAAAAUUUCAAACCAUCGGUUCAUGCAAUCACACCAAAAAUCAAUGUCGUCAUUGUUCACGUUGAAAGCCAUCAUACGGUCUACGUUGUACCAAAAUGUAUGCUUGACCAAUGGAAUAAAUUGAUCCAACGUGUAAAUCAAUAUGCUAGUGAAGCAAAAGCUCUAUCAAAACCACCUGAACAAGGUUACAUUGUAUUGGCCAAACCAAAAUCAAGUGAACAUUGGUUACGUGCCAUUGUACGACGCAUUCGUAUGAAGGACGAAAAGGCUCAGGUUGAAUUCCUCGAAUAUGGAUUCGUCGAAGCAUUUGAUUUUUCUGAACUGAAAUGUUUGUCCGAAGAAUUGGUAAACGAACAACGUUUGGUGAAUAUGGUUACACUUCAGGGUAUGCCAGAGAGCAUGGAAAAUUCCGAGGUAGCCGUUUGUCACUUGAUGUCACUGCAAGAGAAUGCACAAGAAUUGAUUGUCAAACAAAUGGAUUUGAUCGAAAAAACAAAUAUUUCCAUUCAUUGCCGUGCAAUACUCAUCGAUGCGGUAACAUACACUGUGCUCAAUGAAACACUCAAAGAACUGGGCACCGUUGAACAACAAAAAAAGGUGGAAAACAUCGACAUUCCAGCCGAAGCACCGAAAAUGCCCGUCCGAAAGCAAAUGGAAUAUAAAGGUUUCUCCGGCAAAAACGUGCAAUUGUUCAUACUCGACAAUAGUUUAAUGCAUAUUGGCUGCUUCAGUGCUAUUAAAGCAUCUGAUGUAAAUUUGCUCACCGAAAAUGAUAACCUCAUAAAUGACCGUGCAGCUGAAUUCGAAGGAGGAUUACCAUUCUGCCCAACUGAUCACGAGGUAUGUUUGGCGAAAUGCUUGGAAGAUGAUCGUUGGUAUCGUGCAAUCUCCCAAUCAAAAACCAGCGAAGGAAAAUACAAUCUGUUGUACAUUGAUUAUGGAAGCAUGGAAACCGUGCAGAAGGAACGGAUUCGCGAAUUGGAGGAGGCAUAUUUCUUCCCGUGCAUAACAUCAUUGUGUUUCAUUGACGGUUUACCGAAUGAACUUCAACCGAAGCAGGUCAGCCGAUUGAAGGCAUUGAUUGAGCCAUACAAGAAUAUGGUUUUCAAUGAGGUCAUUUACACCGGCGAAGACGCAUUGGUCAAAGCUGAUAAAAUCAUUCAAACUCUGAAAGCCGAAGGCCUACUUUAGACCGAACAACACAUCAAAACAAUUUAACCAUUUUUGACAAUAUUUACUUUAUUUUACAUAUUUGAUUACAUUUCUUUCAAAAUCAAUUCACCUAAUUAAGCAAUUCAAGGUGCGUUUGGAAAAAUGAAAAAAUUAAGAAUACAACUUAACCAAACGCAUGUUGAAUUGAAAGCCAUGCCUAGUUCUAUGUCAUACACUGAAUCUAAUGUUCUUGAGCAUUUAUAGUAUUCAAUCAGUAUUUUCAAAAUCUAAACAUAAAAUUAGAACGAAUGAAACAUUCACUUUAAUUCCUGCCAAUGGGAAAUGAAUAAAAAAAUAUUACGCAACUAAUGUAAAACGAGAUGUUUCGUUAAAUCA